UAAUAUAAAAUCUUCAAACUAAGAAAUUCAUCUAAAAUAUACAAUUCUAAAAUAAUAAGUGUGUUAAAAAUAAAGAAACACUUUAUUUUAUUUCCUUAAAACACAGUUAUAUGGGAUAAAUUACUCCGGCAUUUUUAAAAUUCGCGGUAUUUAACCUGUCGAAGUGAUUUUGAUCACAUGACCCACGCUGGCCGCCAUUUCGCCGAAUAAACAACGACCGGGAAAGUUCUUGUGUGUAUCGUUAACGUUUUCUGUUAAGUAGAUCGUGAAAAUAUAUAUUAAAAAUGUCUGAAGUGGACUCAGUAAACACUAAUAAUGCUGUAAAUGAAGAAAAUAGUCAAGAAGAAAAAAGUUCCAAAACUAGGAAAUCCAAGUCCAAGUCUCCUAGACUAACAACAAUUGAGAGGGCUCGAGAAGAAAGCGAAGCUAUUACUAAGGGCUUGGGACCUGAGGUUGAAGGCAGGCGCAGAACGAGGUCAGCAGCUAAAGGUGUGACAGCCACUCCUCCACCUCCAGCUAAGAAAGAAAGAAAAAGUUCUAGCACAACUAAAUCAUCGAGAGGCAGGCCGAAGAGAACUGUAGAAGAAAGUAGUGAUUCACAUGAUGAAAAAUCUGAAACCUCAGUAGCAGAAAGUGAAGAACAAGCAAAAAGUAUCGAUGAAUCCAAAAGUGAAGCUGACACUACAGAAACCAAUUCACAUGAUGACAAAGAAGAAUCUGGUAACAACAAUGCUGAUGCUUCUAAGUGUGAAGAUCAGGCAAUGAGUGUUGACGAAAAGAGUGAAGCUGAUGGUAAUGAAACUAAUUCACAUGAUGACAAGGAGGAAUCUGCUAAUAAUAAUGCUGAUGCUAAGGAUGAAGCAGACGCAGAUGCAGAGGAAUCUACUCCUGCACCUGCUGCCACAGAGAAUGGAGCGAAAGAGGAUAGUGUAGAUGCUCCCGCCUCCGAAGAAGAAAAGAAAGACGAGGAAGAAGAGAGCAAAAGUACUGCCGACGAACCUGAAUCGGCAAGCACUGAGCAGACGGAAGAUGAAAAGCCUGCUGAAUAAAGAUUUUUAUAUUAUUUCCAAAUUUUAUUAUCAGCUCGUUUUUCUAUUUCAUUAAUUCUACUGUAGGUUAACAAAGAAUUCAUUUUUAAAAAGUUUUGGAAAAGUGACUCGUCAAAACACAAAAUUUUCCUGAAAUAUUUGAUUUGUGAUUGAAAGUUGUAUUAGUUUUUUUUCUUGAGGUUAGUUUGUGUAUGAGCUGCGCCAUGGAAGUUUGCGAGAUAAUUACUGUUAAUAAUAAUAUAUUAUAUAGAUUAGGAGUCAUUCUUUUGUAUAUUUCUUAAUUUUUUCAUUUGUUUUGAUGGCAAUUAACAUUUAAAGUAUUCAUCUUUACCUACAGGCUAGUUUGAAAGAAUUAGGAGACAUGCCGAAGUACAUAUUAUAAGCGGCGUAUGUACCAGUAUGUACCUGAAUCUCCUUAACUCAAUGCUGUCAACUUUUCAUUUGCAUAAAAAACUGUUGAUACUUAUCUGAAAUAGCCUUUAAAAAAGUAUGACUGAAACAUUUUUUGGGUGUUGUGAGUUUUGUAAUACGUUUUGUAAUAAACAGUAAAAUUUCUUCCACAUUUUAGUAUCUCGUAGGAUGAUGUAUAGUAAAUGGUACUUAGACAUAGCUUGUAAGGAAAUUAGACACAUUUUCAUUUUUUUGUGUUAAUUAAGUUUUAUUUGCAAAUGAAAAGUUUCUAUUUUAUACCAUUUAAAAAAUAUUUAGUAAUGUUUAGUAAACCUUAAGAAUAAAAUAGUUUUAAUACAUUCGUCUGUUUUCAAUUGUAAAUUGAAUAUUUGAUUAUUUUGACUAGAUUCAUAUUGCUGGUUUAAUAAACGUUUUUUUUAUUAAUUUGUGAUUUUAUAGCAACCCCAUUUGUUUUUCUAUAUCUGAAUCGGAUGUCUUGAGGACUGUCUGCUUAAAUAUAUCAAAAAAGUAUCAUUUACUUAAUCAUAAAAAAUAUAUAUGCAUAUUUUGAGGAGAACUAGCCUAUUCAUUAUUGCAUUUUAAUACAUACUGUAAGUUUACAAAAUGCAAACAAAUUUAGUCAUAUUCAGCACAUUGUAUAUAAAAUCAGUAGAUGCCUAAGGUAUUAUUAUUCAUUAUUAAAAACUUUUGUUUGGCAUAAAAUGAUUUCAUCACAGAUUCAGAGACUGUCAUCGUUAUUUUGUUACACACAAAUAUAUGUUUGGCAAUGACCUUCGCUUCAUAUCCAUUAGUAGUCACAGUUCAGCUUGAAUAAAUUAGUGAAUGUCUAAAUAAAAACUUUUCAGUUUAGGACUAGUACAUUUUUAGUUUGUUAGGCGAGAAGUGUGUAAAGAUCAAUUUAGGGGGCUAGUGUAAAAGUAUGGGAUUCAUAUACUUUGUGGAAAUCUCUAAAAUAAACAGUAAUGUACCACCUAUUUUGAAGAUUUGCAUGAGCAUUUAAUAUAAAAACAAGUACCUGUAAAAAAAUUUUCAUGAAAAAAUAUUGCAAAUUGAAUGAUUUUUGUGCCUUCUGCUGGCACCGCCAAAAAAAGACAGCUCCACUGCUGCAGUAAUUGGGACUAAUAGAGAUCCUGAAACAUAAAAUUUCAAACUUAUUAUUGAAAUAUAAGUUACUUUCUAUACCAUCAACUAGGGGUUUUUUGAUUGAAUAAAAAAUGUCAAUUUGGCGGUUUUUGAAACUGAAUGUUUUACCUAAAACUUUUUUCAACACUUCGUCAUUUUUCCAAAUUUUAAUAUUUUUGAAAAAUCCUAGUAGAUGGUAUAGGACAUAGGAAAUAACGUAUAUUUCGAUAAUCACUUUGAAAUUUUAUGUUUCAGGAUCUCUGUUAGCGCCAAUCACUGCAGCAGUGGAGCUGUUUUUUUACGGUGCCAGCAGAUGGCGCAUAAAUCGUUUAAAUUUUCAAUAUUUUUUAUGAAAAUUUUUUUACACGUACAUAAUUCUUUCUCUAAUAAAUGACAAUUGACAAAAACAAUUGGUAUAUUACUUUUUAUUUUAGAAAUUCCCAAAAAAGUAUAUGAUUUUCGUACUUUCACACUAGGAUAGCCCCUUAAUUUCACUGAUUUGUUCUAUAUAUUAAUUUUUGGACAGUUAGGAAAAUUGAUAAGAUAUACAAUGGUGUGUUUUGUACAAAAAUGAAACCCUUGUUUGGUAAGUUCGGGCUCAAUGCCUAGCUAAAUGAGACUGUUAUGUUUUUAAGAAAAACCAUCAAUAGUUUAGCUCGGAUUAGAAGAACUUACCUACGGGACAAUAUUUUAUUUGUUGAUAAAUAUUUUUGUUUCGUUGUGUUAGGGAAGUCAUUUCUAUGUAAAAUACAAAAUAAUCGAUAGAACGAUAGAGUUCAUGUAUUUUUAUUUUCUAAAACAACACCUUGGCUGCGUUUAGAGAUGUUUAUAAACUUAUGUUGGGCGCGUGACAAGGCAUAUAUGUCCCGUGUACCAGCCAACAGUUAGUUUAGUACGAGGUCUAUUUGUCCCGUUACGCAGCUAAGGUGUUAACUUACACUGCUGCUGUUCAUAACCCAUCAGAAAAAUUGAGAAUGUGCAAUGUGGUUGAUCAAUUCCCCAUUAAUUCUCAACCAACAACUACUAAAAACAGUUACAUGAUUUACGAAGGUGCAAGAUAACUGUCAGGCCAAUUUUUCAGCGUCUAAUAGUCAUUUCUCUUGUAGAAAAAUUAAAAAUAUGUGGGCGUUAAUUAAAAUUAUCACAAAUUUACCUUUCGCGCCCGUCUUAGUAAUUUUUUGACAAUUUUCUCAUUCGAAUUAUUUUUUAUUUCUAUAUUACUAAUACUCUAAUUUUUGUUUUUUUUAUUAAUUUGGCUCGAAAUUUUUGGUAUAGCAUUGGUCUAUCUGUAACCCAAAAAAUAAAAGUAUUAGAAGACAGCUAGAAUGAAAGACUGGGUAAUUUAUUGAUAUUUGGUGAUUUAUAUGUAGGCCUAAAAUUAAAUCAAACGCGUGUCCCCUUAUAUGGCUUUGUUUCCCUACAUAGCGCCAUGUUGUGUCAAAAUUCUGUUUGUAUGGAAUACAUCAUUGUUUUAGUUAUAAUUAUGUAUCACUUCUUUGCAGUCGGCCGCUAAGUAAAUUGACAAAACACUAAUGAACCCUCAUUUUUUUCUAGAGCCUCUUAUCGUUCAUUGUUUGUAUUUUCAUAGGAAUAUGUAGUAAUAUAUUUUGAACGUAAAAUGAUUGUCCUGAUUUUAUAUUUAUGUAAACUAAACUGUAUGGAUAAUUAAUAUAAAUGUGAAAUAAAUUUUCAAUAAUUAGACAAUUAAA